UAUUCAUUUGGAGAGAGCAUUGGAUGGUUAACCAGCAUGGAAAUGAACAGUAGUAUUGAAACUCGUCUUCUCGAGUGGAAUUCGGGGAUUUCUAUAGCCCUACUACCCAAUGACGUCAUCCUGGCUUUAUAUCUGACUAUAGGAGUAUUAGGAAAUCUUAUCGUUUUGUAUGUGUACAUCUUCAAAAUGAAAAACAAAAAAGAUGUGCGUUACUUCAUUCCAGUUUUAGCUGUGACAGACGCCAUCGCCUGCCUCGCUGGAUGUGGUGUUAGUUUACUAACCAAUAUAUAUCCGGUUAUGUUUCCUGUUCCGGGUUUAUGUGAAUGUCUGUGGUUUUUUGCAAUUGUUGUGCUGAUAUGGUCUGGUCUGCUGAACCUAGUCAUAGCAUAUCAACGUUAUAUGAAAAUAUGCCGCCUUGGAAAGAAUAUGACAUUAGGAUUUCGACGGAAGGCGUUAUUCAUCACCGGUUCUGUGGCAACAGUGUUAUCACUACCGUCUUGGGCUUUCUUUGCAAGAGUACCUGUCUACAAUUACCGUACGAAUGUGACCGGAAAUCGCUGUGGUAGUCGGUACGAAACUGACCAUACUUUUAAGGCAUUGAUUUAUAUAUAUCAAGGAAUCAACGGUAUGCUGAGUCUAGUAAUAGUGACUGGGAUAAUAGUAUUUUAUAGCUCAGUCGGAACAACGCUUUACAGACAGGAGAACCGCUUAAAACGUCACGUAAGUUCAAAAGUACCCCCAAGUCCAAGCCAUAAAUCGGCCGAUAUAGCACCUUGGCGGGAAUCGCUAGACGUCACAAGCAAUGGUGAAUCUAAAGGUAUGGGUAGAAAUGAUUUAAUUGUUAUCGGUGGUUCUACACUGGAUGUGCCAAAAACGGAAACAUGUAGACUAACUGACGAUAUAACAAAGCAUGAUAGUUUAUCUUCUAAUCUAGAACGGGAGCCAUCAUCGAAAAGUCAAGCAGCACGGUACCGUGUAACGUACAUGUUCAUGACUCUAGCGCUCGGCUAUAUACUAUGCCUUGUACCGACGUUUGCCGUAAAUCUUUCCAAAAAUAUAGAAUCCAAUAAUUUCUGGGUAAAUUUCAACAACGACGAAGCAUAUUCCUUAACAAUUAUGUUCUGUUUAAGACUGCACUUGUUAAAUAACGUUAUGAAUCCCUUUAUAUACUUCACGUUCGAUAAACAUUUUAGGAGGGCAGUCAUAAAAUUGUCUUGUUGUUCUAACUGUUUCGGCUGUAAAAGCUGACAUGUGUACACCGCUCAAUAUAUAACUAGAAGUAUUGUUUAUUUACCUCGUGUAUUAUCAUAAUGUCAAUAAAUCACGUACUAAUUAUAGAAA